AUGAAAUCUGCAAAUAUUGUCUGUAAAUUGCAGUGUUUGUGCAGCGUGGAGGUGAAGGCGGGAGGAUUGCAUUGAUUGUGUCGUGCACUCUGCAGGGCUGCUCUCAUGAUGCUGCCAAGCAGCGCUGCGCUGUGUGAGAAAUCAAAGCGCAGGCGUCGAGUCGGGAGGGAGCCUCUCUUGCGCAGACUAGGUAGCUUUACUGUACAUGGCCAUUGAUGCUGCUGCUGGAUGGAUGAAGCCCGGGUGUCAACAGGAAUGGCGACAGCGGAGGAUCUAACAUGUCGCUGUUUUUCCGCCUGAUACCCGAACAUCCUUGUUUUGGCAGCGCCGGGAUUUUCUGACGUUUUCCUGCAUUUUUGCCUUUGACAGCUGGCCCGAUGGUUUUCAUUUGACACACAGCUGACGGGCGGCUUCCUGAUAAACACUGGGCUAAAGCAAACGGGUCAUUAUGACCUUAGUAUCCGCCAGUAAAAGAACGCCAUCGGAUUGUUUUUACGCGGCAGCGCUCUGGUUGCACGUCCUGCUUUGGAUCUCGCGUUCCGUGUCCGGAGAGGCGCAUCGGCAGUUCAGCGUUGAGGGAUGGCUACAGAGGUAUGGCUACCUUCCCCACACAGAACCGGGAAUGUCCGUCCAGCGCUCGGCCCAAACCAUGCACUCGGCCAUCGCUGCCAUGCAGCGCGUCUACGGUCUCAAUGUCACCGGGACGCUGGAUGAGAAAACCAUGGAUGAUAUCACAUUAAGGUGGAUGCAAAAACCGCGCUGCGGCGUUCCGGACAAAAUCAAGAGUGCGGCGAGGUCGCGGAAGCGGAGGUACGCCCUGACGGGCCAGAAGUGGCAGCGGACGCACAUAACCUACAGCAUCAAAAAUGUCACACCAAAGGUGGGUGCUCGGCAGACUCACGACGCCAUCCGGCGGGCCUUCGACGUGUGGCAGGGCGUGACUCCCCUACGCUUUGAGGCCGUCCCGUACAUUGCCCUGGAGACGGGGAGGCGGGACGUGGACAUCACCAUCAUCUUCGCCUCAGGGUUUCACGGCGACAGCUCACCGUUCGAUGGGGAGGGAGGAUUCCUCGCUCACGCCUACUUCCCCGGCCCGGGCAUUGGAGGGGACACACACUUUGACUUGGACGAGCCUUGGACCCUCGGGAACCCCAACCAUGAUGGUAACGAUCUGUUUUUGGUGGCGGUUCACGAGCUGGGCCACGCCCUCGGCCUGGAGCACUCCAACGACCCCACCGCCAUCAUGGCGCCGUUCUAUCAGUACAUGGACACGGAAAACUUCAAACUACCUCACGAUGACCUGCAGGGCAUCCAGAAAAUCUAUGGACCACCAGACAGAGCUCCACAUCCCCACGACCGCCACACCAGACCUCCUCUCCCCCCACAGGGAGCCAAACCGUACGACCCCAACGCCAAGCCCAACAUCUGCGACGGAGGCUUCAACACUCUGGCCAUCCUCCGGCAGGAGCUCUUCGUUUUCAAGGACCAGUGGUUUUGGAGGGUGCGGGAUAACUCCGUGGUCCCCGGAUAUCCCAUGCAGAUCAACCUCUUCUGGAAAGGCCUGCCUCCCAAGAUCGAUGCUGUGUACGAAAACAGCGAGGGGAAGUUUGUCUUUUUCAAAGGAAAUCGUUAUUGGGUUUUCAAGGACACGAUCCUCCAGCCCUCUUUUCCUCAGGACAUCUCUCUGUUCGGCAUCGGCAUGCCCAAACAGGACAUCGAGACGGCUGUCUGGUGGGAGGACGUUGCCAAAACCUACUUCUUCAAAGGAGACAGAUACUGGAGAUACAAUGAGGACACGAGGAUGAUGGACCCAGGUUACCCCAAAUCCAUCUCGAUCUGGAAGGGCCUCCCCGACUCGCCACAGGGGGCUUUUGUAGAUAAGACCAACGGCUUCACCUAUUUCUACAAGGGGAAGGAGUACUGGAAGUUCAACAACAAUCUGCUUCGCGUUGAGCCCGGCUACCCGAGGUCCAUCCUGAGGGACUUCAUGGGAUGCGACGGUUAUCCGGCCGACCCCAACUGGGACUGGAGUCCGCCGGCGGCCGAGGAGCGGCACUACGACAACGGCGACGUUGACGUGGUCAUCAAACUGGACAGCACGGGCGGCACGGAGAAAGCGGUGGCCAUCGCCAUCCCCUGCGUUCUGGCGCUGUGCAUGAUGGUCCUCCUCUACACCAUUUUCCAGUUCAGGAGGAAGAGCACGCAGCGCCACAUACUGUACUGCAAGCGCUCUAUGCAGGAGUGGGUCUAAGGUCAACGGGAGAGCGGGAAGCUCCGAUUAAGGUCUAGUUUUUGCUUAAAGCCCUAUAACUGGAGACGCUGCAGCAGGUUUGCCAUGUUGGCAGGUUGAGGAGCUGAGUCAGCAGAACUCACAUGAAGACGGAACAACCAAUAUGUAUGUAUCUGCUUUGACUUUUUCUGUACCUCAGAACCAACUCUAUUAAGUGGGACAGAAUUACGCUUCUGAGUGAGACCUCUGUCUAUUCCUAUCUCUGCACGCUGCUUCAAAGCUCUCUCUUCAGCGGACAAAUUAGGAUCUUUCACUUCUUAAUCCAACCGUCCAUUUUUUUAAUUGUUUUGACCCUGUAAAAUCAUUCAUGUGGAGGAACCAAAUAUGACCUGAUCUUCCAAAGAGGAUUACGGCUCGGUGUGGAUGUUUUGAUUUUUGGAUUUUCUUCAUUUCUGCUCCGUCAUCUUCUUUUUUUUUUUGGGAAGGAUGCAGCAUUUGGCAAAAGCGAGGAACCUGAGGCUGUUGUGGCAGUUUGUUUCCUGAAAAACAAAGAAAUCCCUCUCUGCAAUAGUUAUGAGACUGCCUUAAUAAUCCCAGACGACGGCGGUGAUCCUCAGUCAGUCUAAAACGGCGUGUGAAGUCUUUAAUUACGGCCCACAGUUUGAUCCGCAACAGGCGCGCCGCUCCUGGAAAAUGUCAGCUGCCAAAUAUCAGCUUUCAUUUACUGCCUCAGCAGAGACACAAAGGGUGGCUCGUUGUGUGUCUGUGUGUGUUUGUAUUGUGUGCUUGUAAAAGGCAGCCUGGCGUUAAUGUCUGAAACGGCUUUAGCAGAAUCUCUCCAGAGAGCAGCUUUGCUUUUUACAGACACUUUUUGUUUUAGAUUUUAUGUAAUAAAUGUUUUGACUUCUUGUUUUCAUGCACAGCGCCACCCAGAGGAGGAAGAAAGAAUGUUCCACUUCAACCACCGGCCUGCAGAAGAUUCAUAGCUUCUCUGUCCAGAAGACUGCUCGUCCAAACAGGUUCUUACGGAUUUAUCCAAACUUCCUUUGAGAGAAUUUGGGAUUAGACGAGCUGUACCAGUAGAGCCCGAGUGUUCAGUAAUAGAACCGGGCUGCUUUAUGCACUGUAACUACAACUAACCGUUAUGCAAACGUCCUCCUCAGCUGAAGGUGUGGAACAUGGAACAGAUGUUCAGCCAUGCAAACACUGAUGGACGGAACUGGAGAAGAAUUUGGUUUUUCUGAGCCAGAUUCACAUUAGGGAACGGUGGAUCAGGCCCAACAAAGCCAGACGUUAUGAAUCUUUCAUUUGCUGUUUUACUUUAUGUUGCAUCACGCAGCUCGGGUACUAACGGAGUCUUUAAAAGUGUCGCGUGGCUUUUUCAGAGCUUUCAUGAAGAUGUUUACGCUCACGAGCUUCUUUAAAGGAACCAGGAGUUCAUCUUUAAUAACAACAUCAUGUCUGGAGGUUGUUUUUCAAGCCACAAUGUGAGUGAUGGAGUAUUAGAGCCACCAUAAAAAUAAAUUGAUCAAUAUAUGAGAAUAAAUUCAACUAUUUACGAGAAUAAAAUGAUAAGAAAAAAGUUAUACAAUUUUGAAUACAUUUUUCCUCAUAACUUUUUAUUACUCUGGUAAAAAUUAUGACUUUUUUCACAUAAGUUUAAAAAAAAAAUACUCAUAAUUUAUGACUUUAUUCUUAUAAAUUACAACUUGUUUCUCAUAAAAUGACUUUAUUUUAGUCCUGUAAAAUUACAACUUUUUUUUCAUAAUUUUACCAUUUUUUUCUUAUUUAUGAAUUUACUCUCAUGAAAGUAGAAUUGUUCCCAUAAUGUAUAGAUUUUUUUCCCAUAAUUGUAUUAUUUUGUUUUAUUCUCGUCAAACUAUAACUUUUACCUUAGAAAUAUGACUCGCUUCUUGUAUAUUUUCAACUUUUUGUCAUAAUUUUACACUUUUAUUCCCAUAAAAUUACAACUUUUUCUUUAUAAUUUCAGUACUUUUAUAUAUUCUCAUAAUAUUUUCUC